UAAAGGGCAAAUAUUAGAUAAACCAUAAUUCCUAUUGGCACCCUGAGUUGGGUCUUUUACAUACCAAAAGUCUCAAAACUGUCGGUGGCUUUGCCUCUGCCUGUGGCAUACCCUGGCCCCAUCACACCCAGCACAGGAACCUAGGCCUGCACCACCCAGCAGGAGGGUGGGAGGAGCCCAUGGCUUAGGGGCACUGGCCAGCAGGAAGAGCCUCAGAGAGGAAGGGGUGACUUCCCCCACUUGGGAGGGGCCCCAUCAGGUUGCUGAAGCUGUAUCUGAGGAGGAAGUGAGAGGAGGAGGUGAGGUGCAGCCUGAGCCUGUGGCAUCAGGGCUCUGGGGCACCAUGGCCCAGGCCCUGGGGGAGGACCUGGUGCAGGCUUCCGAAUUGCAAGAUGACUCCAGCUCUUUGGGGUCCGACUCAGAGCUGAGUGGGCCCAGCCCAUAUCGCCAGGCUGAUCGCUAUGGCUUCAUUGGGGGAAGCUCAGCAGAGCCAGGGACAGGUCACCUCCCUGCAGACCUUAUCCGCCAGCGGGAGAUGAAGUGGGUGGAGAUGACCGCACACUGGGAGAAAACCAUGUCCCGGCGGUACAAGAAGGUAAAGGUGCAGUGCCGGAAAGGCAUCCCAUCAGCCCUGAGGGCCCGGUGCUGGCCCCUCUUGUGUGGGGCCCAUGUGUGUCAGAAGAACAGCCCCAGCACCUACCAGGAGCUGGCAGAAGCCCCUGGAGACCCGCAGUGGAUGGAGACAAUCGGCAGGGACCUGCAUCGCCAGUUUCCUCUGCAUGAGAUGUUUGUGUCACCUCAAGGUCACGGGCAGCAGGGGCUCCUGCAGGUGCUCAAGGCCUACACAUUGUAUCGGCCAGAACAGGGCUACUGCCAGGCCCAGGGCCCUGUGGCUGCUGUUCUACUCAUGCACCUGCCCCCAGAGCAGGCCUUCUGGUGCCUGGUGCAGAUCUGUGAGGUCUACCUCCCUGGAUACUAUGGGCCCCACAUGGAGGCCGUGCGGCUGGACGCCGAGGUGUUCAUGGCCCUGCUGAGGCGGCUGCUACCACGUGUGCACAAGCACCUGCAGCAGGUGGGCGUCGGGCCCCUCCUCUACCUGCCCGAGUGGUUCCUGUGCCUCUUCGCCCGCUCCCUGCCCUUCCCUACGGUGCUACGUGUCUGGGACGCCUUUCUCAGUGAGGGUGCCAAAGUGCUGUUUCGUGUGGGGCUGACGUUGAUGCGCCUGGCACUGGGCACCACAGAGCAGCGUGAGGCCUGCCCAGGGCUCCUGGAGACGCUUGGUGCCCUUCGAUCCAUCCCCCCCGCCCAGCUGCAGGAAGACAUCUUCAUGUCCCAGGUACACAGCGUGGCCCUCUCCGAGCGAGACCUGCAACGGGAGGUCAAGGUCCAGCUAGCCUUGCUGCCUGAGCCAGCAUCGGGGCUGCCCCCUCGGCCGCAGGCUCGCCUGCCUGGGGCCCAGGCUGUAUUUGAAGCCCAGCAGCUGGCAGGAGCCCAGGGAAGUGCCAAGCCUGAAGUGCCCCGAAUUGUGGUACAGCCCCCAGAGGAGGCCAGGCCACCACGGCGCAAACCCCAGACCCGCGGCAAAACUUUCCAUGGGCUCUUGACUCGAGUCCGGGGUGUCCCCACUGAGGCCCCCCCUAGGUCCCAUCGAGGCUCUGCUUCCUUCCUGGACACUCGAUUCUGAGGGAACCAUGGACUCAGGGACACCCAGUCCCGAUCACCUUAAUGACCGAUGCCAGCCCCACAAAUGCGCACUGCACUUUACUGCUGGGAUUCGGCGAUUCAGCCCCCUUCCCAGCAGGGACCAGGAGUGAGAAAAGGAGAGGUUCCUCCACUUUAUGGACUGUGUCAGGCACAAGGGUGAAAGUCACAGAGUGGGGCUUUGGGGACCGUGGCUGGCCAUCCACCCAGAGCCAUCCUGGUGCUUUGCAAGUAUCAAAGCUGGCACCGAAGCGGCCUGCUGGCUGAGGGGUGCGUUAAAGAUUAUAGCAUACCGUCGUUCUGGACUAAGUUCCUGCUCUAGGCCCCAGCAAACGAGACCACAAUGGACUCACUCGUGCUAAAAUGCCACCUCUCACCAACUGAAAGUUUAAAGAAACAGAGAGAUCCCAGAGCACACCAGUUUUUUCCCUGAAAACAGGAGAUUCCAGGCUACCCUGGUCAGCGCUAUGUGGAGACAAGACUCAAGUACCUCUCGUGGCUUUCUCAGGAACAUGCAUGUUCAGCCCCAGGUGCUGGGCACCUGAAAUAGCUCGAGAUAUUGCCAAGGCGCCGUCAGACUUCUGUUUUAUGGACUUCUUGCCUAAAUUCAUUCCUCCCUUACCUUCCGUCAGUCAGGUGGCCUACAUUCCUUCCUUUAAUGAGAGCCCUUCUAUAAGAACGUUUAUGGACGUGCAGGAAUUCAGAACCUUUGUCCUUCUAAACCGUCACUCUUGCCCCCCUUUUUUUUGAAACAGUUUUUCAAAUUGUAUCUGAAUCUGUGUUUCUGGGUUGCAACUCCUAAGACCCCAAAUAAAGCUUUUCUUUGUUCUCCACAGA